AUACGCGUCUGUCGCAAGUUUGUCAUAUGGCGGCGAAUACAGUUUGAGUACCAGUUUGCAUGUGAGUCUGUGUAGUUGGCACUAAGGGUAUCCCUAUUUUGCGAACUUUCAGGAAAUAAUUGUAUUCUUUCCUGAUUAAUUUGAGUGUUUUCGCCCUUAAUUUCUGAGUUUGUCUACAUAUGCUGCGUUCAGGAAACUACUUAUUUUCUCAUGUCAGAGCGAAAUGCCGGUUUUGGAACAUGUCUCGUUGCUUUUGUAAAGUUGAAGUGAAGGGGGAUGGGGUCAGUGAUACAUCCACAAAGAACUGCCAGGAUGACAAUGGAAGAACUGCUGCAGUGCCAGACGUUCAACAAUCUGCCCCAGUUUCAGAAGAAAUGCAAAGGAUUCAGAAAUACGGACUGGCUACAACAGCUUUGGGACGUGGAAGAUUACGAGUAUGGCAUAAAUCCCUCUCGCCCCUGAGCAGACUCUGCGCUUUAAUUCCUGAGGAGUUGCAUACUCCAGAGGUGUCUGCAAUAAAGGACGAUGAUCAGAGACAAAGCGAUGUGUCUUCUCAAGAUGCCAGUGCUGCAGAUGUGUUCGCUGAUAAACGAAGCAUUUCCCCCUUUAACGUGGGUUCUUUUACUGAUGGACACCACCAUUUGGACCAUAAGUCUAUUUCCUCUGGUUGUACAGUUCCUUUGCAACAUGUUGGGCAUGUCGAAGCAACUGCCAAUAAUAGUUGCGACUCUGCUGUUACUGAUGAUGAGAAUUCUCUGGUUUUGAUUCCCUCGUACUCUGAUAGGAGGGCAAGGGACUGUUUUUUUAAGUCUGGCGACUUGGUAUUGGCAGAGUACAGCAAAAAACGUAAUUUGGAGUUCCGCAAGCUGUUCACUCUUGUAGCUGUAGGAAAGCUACACAGUAAUUGGGGGGCAUUAGCUUUUCAAGACAUAAUAGGCAAAUUGCCUGGACAAGUAAUGCUAAGCACCUUGGGCUUUGAAUUCCUAUUGCGGAGGCCUUCAUUGGAAGAAUUUGUUUUGUUAAUGAAAAGGGGACCUGCGAUUUCCUACCCAAAGGAUGCCAAUACCAUGUUGAUGAUGAUGGAUGUUAAUGGUGGCGACUGCAUCUUGGAGGCAGGCUCUGGUUCUGGUGCGAUGACUUUGUUUUUAUCUCGGGCAGUUGGAUCAAAUGGCUGUAUUUUAAGUUUUGAGACAAGGAAGGAUCACCAUACUUUGGCUAAGAAGAACUAUCAUCGCUGGACUACAGCGUGGCUUGUGUCUCAUGGUGAAGAAUGGCCGCAGAAUGUGGAGUUUAUUAAUCAGGACAUUACUACAGCUGCAGACAGAAUUAAAGAAAUGAUAUUUGAUGCAGUAGCGUUGGACAUGAUUAGCCCACAGACAGCUUUGCCUGUUUUGUGUCCACAUCUUAAGCAAGGUGGGGUGUGUGCCGUCUACUUAGCAAACAUUACCCAAGUGAUUGAUCUUUUAGAAGGAAUUCGGAGCUGCCAAAUUCCUCUAUUGUGUGAAAAGGUUGUCGAGGUUAUCCACCGAGACUGGUUAGUAAAACCAGCUGUAAGAAAAGAUGGCAGUACUGCAGAGAAAGUUGAACCACAGAUUGAGAGAUGUGAAGAGAUUUGCACGCAAGAUGAUGGAGUGUGUGCAGUAGAAGGUGAA